AUGUUAUAUGCUGUACAAACAUUACUCUCUAGUCUUAUAGCAGAGAAAGCUCUCAGCUUUCAACAAUAUAGUAAAAUAUCUCCAAAAUUAAACAAAUUGGAACUUGGCCAUUAUCAUGGCCUACAGAAACCACAUAAACCUAGUACACCAUUACGACCUAUUAUUGCCUGUAUACAUGCACUAGCAACAUUGGUAUCGAAAUUUUUAAAUGAUCUAUUAGCACCUAUAUAUUUGAAUGUUGCUCGUGAAAUAACAUUUAUUAAUGGCAUUGAUGUGAUACGAAAACUGGAAAAAUAUAUUUUGGAUGAUCAUUUUCAGGCAACAACAAAAUUUGUUAUAAUUGAUGUGACUGAUCUUUAUGCAAUGAUACCUCGAGAAGGUGCAUUACAUACAUUGAUGAAAUUUUUAGAAAAGAAUUUACAUCAUGGAAAAAUUGAUACAUUAUCUAUUGAUGGUAUUAUGAGAAUGGCUCGUUUAAUAUUAGAUACUAAUUGUUUUUCUUAUAACAACAAAUAUUAUCAACAAACUCGUGGUGGUGCUAUGGGUUCAGCGUUUACACAAAUAUUGGCUAAUAUCUAUAUGUAUGAAUGGGAGCAAGAUUUAAUCAAACAUCAAGCAAUACACAAGGAGUAUAUGGAAGAUAUAAAAUAUCUUCUAUUAGAAAAGACAACGUCUUCUAUUAAUUCACGUGCAUUGAUUAACGUCGUUAAUAUUCUAGAAAAUCGAAUGACGACUCUCAAACCUCAAAAACCGUUAUUACAACCCGCACAAAAGACAAAAAAACCAUGGCGUUUCUCAAAUAAUAGUAUGCAUCAUACGAAUAUGAACAAGCGUCAUUUAUCUAUUGAUAAUUGGAAGAAUUCAUCACGGACUCUACCAAAUUAUAGAAAAAUGCCUGACAAUGUAUUCAUACAUCGACUAGCAAAAAGUAUUCCUAGUCAGUGUGCAAUGAUUCGGCAAUUGUUAACGAAUAAUACUGCAAUAUUACAUUUUAUUCGACAUCGUGCUCUACUCAUGUGUACUUUAUCAGCAUUGAAAAUUGAAGAAGAUUAUUGGAAACAUGUUGCCGAUAUAGCAAUGCUUACUGUCAGAUGGUUAUCUCAAACAUCUAAAGAUAUAACGAAACGAAAUUUCAUUAAUUGGGAUUAUCCUCGAACGGAACACAACAUAAGACAUCGACAAAGACUGAUUGAUAAUAAAUUACAACAAGCAGAAACUAAUUUGAAGGUUCAUUUACAAUAA